CGGCAUUCAUUACUUCUUCUAUCGUUCACUGUCGGUGUCGUGCACGUUACGAGCAUUUCGCUAUUAAUCUAUUUUAUGUUUAUUGAAAAUAAGCCUUUCUAAUAAACAUCUGAAGAAACCGUAUUGUAAAUAACAUGAUUGUUUAACGUAACAUUGUACUGAUUUCAAGAUGGAAACGGAUACAAAGCUGGAUGGUAAUGGCGAUGGCGAUAUUUUCAUUCAUCGUUUAAAAGAAUUGACAGACGAUGAAAAGCUACGCUUGACGCAACAAAACUCACGUAUUAUUCCAGAAGCUAAAGCUGCUAAAUUAGAAAGGGAAGCAAAGCGGCAUUGGGAUAUCUUUUAUAAGCGUAACGAGACGAAGUUCUUUCGAGACCGGCAUUGGACAACACGUGAGUUUCAAGAGCUUAUAAAUUUUGAGCCAGAUCAGAGAAUAGUAUUUUUAGAGCUCGGAUGUGGCGUCGGCAAUAUGAUAUUUCCAUUAGUCGAGGAAGGAUUUACGAAUUUCUACUUUUACGCAUGUGAUUUUUCACCACGUGCUGUUGAGUUUGUUAAAACUAACAAGUUGUAUGAUGAAAAUAGGAUGAAGGCAUUUUGUGCUGAUCUGACUACAGAUGAUUUGUUCGAGAAUGUACAAGAAGAGAGCGUCGAUAUAGCGAGUUUGAUUUUUGUAUUGUCGGCAAUCAAUCCUUCCAUGUGGUCCCAAGUAGCGAAGGUAGCAUUUAAAGUACUUAAGCCGGGUGGAGUUAUAUUGUUUCGAGAUUAUGGAAGAUAUGACAUGGCUCAGUUGCGUUUUAAGCCGGGGCACAAAAUAUCAGAAAACUUUUAUAUGAGGCAGGACGGCACUAGGAGCUAUUAUUUUACAGAAGAGGAACUGGCCAAGUUGUUCUCUGAAGCUGGUUUUGAAAUCAUCAUGAACACAUAUGUCCAACGCAGAACAGUGAACUUCAAGGAAGGCAUUGAUGUCCCUCGCAUUUUUGUACAAGGCAAAUACAAGAAGCCUGCUAAAUAGAUGCCAUGGUAUUUAAGUAAAACGUACCACACUGGAUAUACUAUGGUACAUGGAGUAUCUCUCUGGCAUCAUAUACUUACUAACAGAUAUUAUGACGGCUUAAUUGAACAUGAGCAGAGCAAUCAUGACUCCUAUAUAUAAA